AUGGACACUUCCAUCUCCACGCCACGUCUUCAAUUGACAGUGAUCACGGCGGCGGAAAGGGGAAGUCCUGAAUUCGAAUGGGUACAUCAAUUACGCAGCGACAAGCAGGCGACAUGGUGGAGCAUUCUUCCUCGAUCCGAGACUCCAGAAGAUACCGAAAAGGCGAUCCAAAAGAUUCUGCCAACGACGAAUACUUCGCUGGAAGCCCACAAGGACGCUCUCAACAUCGACGAUGAACGAAGAAAGGCACAUCGCGUCACCUUCGCCGUUCACGAAAUCCGCAACGACGACGACGGCUGCAACAGUGGCCAGGACCACAACCAAGGCCGGGUCCAACGUCAGGCAGAGCACCCUCGUCCACACGAAACACGCUUCAUCGGCCUCGUCGCCCUCGUCCACGUCGACGCCGACAAUCUCGUCUUACCAGAGCACCUCAGCCCGUCGGCCUCGGAAACCUCACUGAUCCUCGAACUGUCAUACUCUUUCCUCCCGGACGCCUGGGGGAAGGGAUACGCGACCGAAUCCGUGAACGCCGUGCUCGCGGCGUGCGGCAGGUGCGUCUCGCUCUGGAGCCCGUACGCACAAGUCUACGUCCGCGCCAUCGUCAACGGAGAAAACCGUCCGAGUCUGCGCGUCAUGGAGAAGACGGCCAUGGUGAAAAAGGGCGUGUACGAACUCAACGACCGUCCUGUUUUUCUUGCGGGCAAAAUUCGUCAGCAUCAUGUCCUUCAUAUCUAUGGGAUGUACCUCGUCGAUCAGACAAUCACUCAGGGGACGAUGUGA